CGCACACAGCAAGGAGCACAGGCUGCGGAGCAGGGGCCACAGGGGAGCCCAGGGACCCCCGAAACACAGAGACACCUGUCUGCAGGAGGGAUGCUUCACACCCAGAUGCUGGGAGACCUGAGAUCGUAAGCUUCCUGUCAUGGCGUCUCCGUGCAGCGCCCGACUGCAGCUGGACGAGAAGUUGCAGCAGAUGCAGACCGGGUCGCUCAUGCGCAAAGUGAAAUCCCGCAGCUGGAAGAAGCAGAGAUAUUUCAAACUGCAGGAGGACUGCAUGACCAUCUGGUACAAGUCCAAGAAGACGGGGAACACCAAGUCCACAUUUUCCAUUAGCGACAUUGAGACCGUGCGGGAGGGACACCAGUCUGAAAUCUUGCAGAGCCUCGCAGAUGAGUUCCCGUCUGAACUCUGCUUCACCAUCGUCUUCCACGGCCGGAGAGGAAACCUGGACUUGAUAGCAAACACCCCGGAGGAGGCGCAGUGCUGGAUCCAGGGCCUGGAAAAGCUGAUAGAUACUGUUACGAAGAUGGACCAAAAGGAGAUAUUGGAUCAAUGGAUCUGUGACUGGUUCCAGAAGGCCGACAAAAACAAGGACGGACGGAUGAAUUUUAAGGAAGUCCAAGACCUGCUGAAGAUGAUGAACGUGGAUAUGAACGAGCACCAUGCUUACCGGCUCUUUCUGAUGGCGGAUAAAUCGGAGUCGGGGACCCUGGAAAGAGAAGAGUUUGUGCUGUUUUACAAAGCUUUGACCCAACGUGAUGAAGUCUUGAAGAUCUUCCAGGACUUCUCCAAAGAUGGCAAGAAACUCACCCUCUUGGAGUUUGUGGAUUUUCUCCGCCAGGAACAGCUGGAAGGAGAAAACGUGGAGGAAUUUGCGAUGGACCUCAUUGCUCGAUACGAGCCCUCGGAAACCGCGCAGAAACUCCACGCCUUGAGUAUCGAUGGGUUCCUAAACUACUUGUGCUCUUCCGAGGGAUCUGUCUUCGACGUGGCGCAUGAACAGAUUUUCCACGACAUGACGCAGCCCCUCUGUCACUACUUCAUCUCGUCUUCUCACAAUACGUACUUAAUGGAGGAUCAGCUGCGGGGUCAGAGCAGUGUGGAGGGGUACAUCAGGGCACUUAAGCGAGGUUGCCGGUGCGUGGAGGUCGACACCUGGGACGGACCGAAUGGGGAGCCCAUUGUGUAUCACGGGCACACGUUUACCUCCAAGAUCCUGUUCAAAGAUGUGAUUUCAGCCAUCAAUAAGUACGCUUUCAGGGCGUCAGAGUACCCGGUGAUCCUGUCCCUGGAGAACCAUUGCUCGGUGGAGCAGCAGGACGUCAUGGCUCAGCACCUGAAAAGCAUUUUGGGGGAGACCUUGGUCACCAAGACCUUAGAUGGAAAGGUGCCCACGCAGUUACCCUCUGUAGAGGAACUCCGGCGAAGGAUACUUUUAAAAGGCAAGAAGAUUGGGGGGUUGGAAGAUCAAACGGACGAGUCCCAGGAAGACGUGAACAUGGGGGACAUGUCCGAGGAGGAGGACAGCGCCGAGAUGGAAAGGUCAAAGAAGGGCAAAGAUCGCCUCUCCCAGGAACUGUCUGACUGCAUCAUUUACUGCAAGAGCGUUCCCUUCGAGAGCUUCAAGCAUUCGAGAGCCAAGUACCGGAUCUACGAGAUGUCUUCCUUCACCGAGUACAAAGCCAGGAAACUCGUCCGAGAACCAGGUAACGAGUUUGUCCGUCACAACGCGUGGCAGCUGACCCGAAUCUAUCCCACGGGACUCAGGACGGACUCUUCAAACUAUAACCCGCAGGAGAUGUGGAACGUCGGCUGCCAAAUGGUGGCGCUGAAUUUCCAGACAGCCGGAGUGGAGAUGGAUUUAAACGAUGGACUCUUCCAGCAGAACGGACGUUGCGGCUACGUUCUGAAGCCUCGGUUCAUGAGACGCGUGGAGACCACCUUUAAUCCUGACCAACCUCAGGACACCGAGGGAUACUCCGUCGUCAACCUUGCGAUACAGGUCAUCAGCGCCCAGCAGCUGCCUAAGGUGGAAAAUAGCAAAGAGGGGUCGAUCGUGGACCCUCUGGUGAGAGUCGAAAUAUUUGGCGUUUCUAUGGACCAAGCCAAGCAGGAGACAAAAUAUAUAGAAAAUAACGGGUUUAACCCUAUGUGGUAUGAGACCCUGCAGUUCAAAAUCCACGUCCCGGAACUGGCGCUCGUAAGGUUCGUCGUGGAAGAUUACGAUAAAACCACAAGGAAUGACUUCAUCGGACAGUACACCUUGCCCUUCAAAAGCGUCAAAUCUGGCUAUCGUCAUAUUCACCUUCUCUCUAAGGACGGCACCCGGAUUCCGCCCGCCACUUUAUUUGUUCACAUCCGAAUCGCGGAGGCGAGUUCUCCUCCUGCGGACACGUAGACGCCGCCGCCGCCGCGACUACCAUCGUCUCCUACAGCUUCCAGACCUACGCCUCUGCUGUGCACGGCUCCAGUGCCACUACUCCAUGACCUCGUAUUUAAUGCUCAGUGUUGCUAUAUUUUGCACGCCUGUAACAGAACACUAUUAUUGUACAUAGAUAUAUAUAUAUUUAAAUUAUUUUGUACAUAAUGUAUAUUGUAAAAGAAGUAUAUCCUGGUGCUAUUGCGGUCCAGAAGCUGAUUGCUUCGUUCAAGAAGGCCAAGCCACACAUGGAAGAGCAAUCGCUCCCCGCUGCAACGACAGUGUUAUUUAUCCUGCAAGACACGGCCUACGAACGAUCUGAAUGUCCCCAAAUGUUUAUUGCUAACUAAUCCGUUAUACUUACCAAGCAUUAAAUUAUACCUUUUAAACUA